AUGGCAACCGGGACUGGAUGGGCGCAGCUGCGCCAGCAGAUCAGAACGUUAGAGAGCCAGACAGAAUCCCUAUUCCACACCUACUCACAAUACGUCUCUACCCCGAACCUCCCCGCAAAGCCAUCCGAAGAAGAACGUCACAACGAAGGUGAAAUCGCAGAACUAUUAGAAAAGCGCGAUGGCCUCAUAUCCCAACUUUCUCGCCUUCUGGAUUCAGAAAACGCACUGAGCACCUCAAGCCUCAAACAGAACAAUCUCUCCCGACAUCGCGAGGUCUUGACUGAGCAUCGACAAGAACUUCGCCGUCUCAAAUCAUCCAUCUCCGAAGCCAGAGACAGACAACAUCUACUGGCGAAUGUUCGAUCAGACAUUGAUGCAUUCCGAAAUUCUAGCCCAGCGGAGGCAGAAGCAGAGUAUAUGCUUCAAGAGCGAGGCAGAUUAGACCAGAGCCAUAAUGUCAUUGAUGGGGUGUUGGCACAAGCCUAUGCAAUCAAUGAGAACUUUGGUAUACAAAGGGAGACCUUAGCGAGCAUCAACCGACGGAUCACCUCGGCAGCGGCCCAAAUCCCCGGGGUCAAUGGCUUAAUAGCAAGGAUAGGUACCAAGCGAAGAAGGGACGGAAUUAUUCUCGGCAGCUUCAUCGCAUUCUGCUUCCUGAUGCUGCUCUACUUCAGCUAG